CUUGCAUGGAGACUCCGACAGCUGGGCUGGAGGCAAGCGGCUCUUCCGGCUCCGGCUAACCCGUGCUCGAGGGGCAAUUGUUCCACACUCAUCAGACAGGAAAGAUGAUGAUCAUGGUGUAAGGAAGAGAUUUACUCAUUCUGCCCAGAGGCUGAGCCAGCAGAGACAGCAGAGCUAAUGUGAUUCAUUGAAGGAAGAGUGGGGACAAUUAACAGCAACUUUUUCACCUUUUGCCUUGGAUAGCCUAAGCUGAAAACCCUGGCUGAGAAUGACCCAGCAAAUGCACAACUUGAGCCUGCUGCAGAGCAAAAAGCACAGCAUGCCCUCGUCGCCCAGCGCGGCCAAGCGGCUCUACCGGAACCUGUCGGAGAAGCUGAAGGGCAGCCACACGUCCUUCGACGAGGCCUACUUCCGAUCCCGCUGCGACCGCCUCAGCCUCCGCAAGGCCUCCAUGAACUUCCAGUGCAAUGAAGCUAUGUUUGAGGCCGUAGAGCAGCAGGACCUGGAUGCUGUUCAGAUCCUUCUUUAUCAAUACACCCUGGAGGAACUGGACCUGAACACACCGAACAGCGAGGGACUCACUCCUUUGGAUAUUGCCAUCCUGACCAACAAUGUCCCCAUUGCCAGGACCCUUCUGCACGUUGGGGCAAAGGAAAGCCCACACUUUGUGACCGUGGAGAGCAGGUCUGUGCACCUGAGCACGCUGGUGCAGGAGGCCCAGCAGAGAGUGAUGGAGUUAUCGGCACAGGCAGCGAGCGAAGGGCUGGGCACGGACAGCGCCGAGCGGGAGAAGCAGCUCAAGGGCUGGGAGUGGAGGGCCAGGCUCUACCAGCGCAUGAAGGCCGGCUACGAGCAUGCCCGAGCCCCCGAGGCGCCAAGCAAUGUCUGUCUCAUGGUAACGAGCAGCACAUCACUCACUGUCACCUUCCAAGAACCCCUCAGUGUCAACUCAGCUGUGGUGACCAAGUAUAAAGUGGAAUGGAGCUCUUCAGAAGACUUUUCUCCUUUGGCUGGUGAAAUAAUUAUGGAUAAUCUUCACUCUUUGAGGUGCUUCAUCACAGGUCUCAGGACGGGCCAGAGAUAUUAUGUCCGUGUCUCAGCAUACAACAUGAGAGGAUGGGGACCUCCAUGCAAAUCUACUCCUGAAUAUGCUUCUCCUUCAAACUGGAAAGACUGCAGUGGAAGAGAGCCUCAGCACAGGAGACACACGGAGGCCCUGGAAGGGCUCCUGCAGCAGGUCCGCGCCGCGCACCAGCACCACAGCUGCCGAGAAAGUUCUAAAUUACAAAAUGCUGGUCGCAAGCAAUCGGUUUCCAGAAGCCUGAAGCACCUUUUCCAUUCAUCAAACAAGUUUGUGAAGACUCUGAAACGGGGACUCUACUUAUCUGUUAUACUUUUUUACAAAGACAAUUUGUUAGUAACCAAUGAAGAUCAAAUCCCAAUUGUGGAAAUCGAUGACUCUCACAGUAGUUCAGUUAUGCAGGAUUUCCUGUGGUUCACAAAGCUGUCGUGCAUGUGGGAUGACAUCAGGUGGCUGAGGCAGAACAUGGCAGUGUCUGUGUCCUCCUCCACUGCUCUCCAGGCCAGGCAGAAGAUGCUUUCAGCAGCAGCACAGCUACAGAAUUUGCUGGGAACUCACAAUUUAGGCAGAGUUUUUUACGAGCCCAUCAAGGAUCGCCAUGGCAAUAUGCUGAUAGUUACUGUCAGAGAAGUGGAGAGCCUGUACUCAUUUUUUAACGGCAAAUGGAUGCAGGUAUCCAAACUACAAAGCCAGAGGAAAUCCCUCUCAACUCCAGAGGAGCCAACAGCAUUAGACAUCUUGCUCAUAACAAUCCAGGACAUACUUUCCUAUCACAAACGAAGUCAGCAGCGCCUCCCUCCCGGCCUGUACCUGGGCUACCUGAAGCUCUGCAGCUCCGUGGACCAGAUCAAAGUGCUCGUGCUGCAGAAGCUGCCCAAUGUCCUGUGCCAUGUCAAAAUCCGAGACAACAGCAACGUCUCCAAAGAUGAGUGGGAAUGGAUCCAAACACUUUCUGGCUCAGAAUCUGUGGAAAGUAUGGAUCAUACUUCAGACUGCCCUACUCAAUUGUUCUUGUAUGAGCUCCAGACAGCAGUGAAAGCUCUCCUCAAACAGAUCAAUCUACCUCUGCAUCAGGCUAAGCACUUCCGUCUGUACACACAGGAGGUGUUGGAACUGGGUCACAAUGUCUCCUUUCUUCUCCUGCUCCCCGCCUCAGACGACGUCUGCACUGCCCCAGGACAGAAUAAUCCUUACACCCCACACUCAGGAUUUCUUAACCUCCCUCUUCAGAUGUUUGAACUUGCUCAUUUUUGCUGUUACAAGGAAAAAUUUAUAAGCCUGUAUUGCCGCCUUUCUGCUGUCAUAGAGCUGGACUCUCUGAAAACCCAGCAGUCCCUGAGGGAAGCAAUUUCAGACAGUGAAGUCGCUGCAGCCAAACAAAGACACCAGCAAGUUAUAGACUACAUACAGCAAAUUGAUGAGAUCUGGAGGGACAUGAGAUGGAUCACAGAGGCACUGCAGUAUGCAAGAUACAAGCAGCCAGCAGCAGGCCUGCCCAUAAAGAAGCUUGUGGAUCUUUCAGAAGAACACUCUCAAAAGAAAAUGAGCUCCACCUCUUCACAUCUAGAUUGUCUUCCUUCACCUCCCCCUUCUCCUGAGCCUAGAAUCCAGAGGAGAAAAGCUGUGAGUGACUCCCAGCCCUGCUCGGAUGAAGAAGGCUGCUCCGAGGUGUUCCUCCCCACCGACAGCGACUACGACUCCAGCGAUGCCUUGAGCCCAAGGGAACUGGACCUGAUUUACUCCUCGUCCCAGGACAUCUCCCAGCAGGCUGGCAGCGGCCUGGGUGGCAGCGCACCCAACGUGCUCCAAGCCCACGACCUGAAGCCCUGCCUGGUGCUGAGGGAAGGCCUGACAGAGUGUGGUGCCCUGGACACCAGUGCUGAAUGCUGCACAGAGCAGAUGAGCAGUCUGACAAUAUCAGGGCUUACACCGAAAAGCACGGACAAGUCCUCCAGCUCCAAGCAGCCACUGGGCUUUUUAGGGAAAAAAAAGUUGGGGAAACACCAGCAUUACAACUACUUCAGCCGGCAGCACCGCUGGCUGCGCGUGCACAGCGAGACGCAGGCGGGCUCUCUGUCAGAGGGUGUCUACACCCAGCACCUGAUGAGAUCCCCAGACCUGGCUCAAGAACCUACCUCCAGCGAGCAGGUGACCAUUCCCAUCGAUGGGUCUCGGGGCACCUUCGUACCUCAUGCAUCCAGCCUUCCAGAGGAUGGCAAAGGCAGGUAUGAGGAGCCAAGGCAGGAUGUCCAUAGGAUACAUGUGGAGCCUUAUGAAACAUUUCUGGAUGGAGAGGGCAGGUCCUGGGCGAUGAGCACGGAGGCUGUGGAACACACAGAUGUGCACAGUGCUAUGCAACAGAUCACGGGGCCAGAGGAGCAGUCGGGUUCUGCUGUCCCAGAAGUUUUCAGCAGCACCCUUUAACCCCACAAUCCCGCACUGCUUCCCAUCACUCCACAUGAGAUAUGAGCAUUGUGAUCACAAAGGCCAUACUUUCAAAACCACCGGUGAAAAUCCAGCUCCUGAAAUGGCAGCUUGUGCCACUCUAAGGAAUCCUAAUCUUUUGACUUCAUCACCAGAUUUCUGGUCUCACAGAGGUAUCAUCUUUCAUGAAGGGAGCAUUAUUGUCACUGGCAUCUGCAGCUUUGCAGGUAGACUUGUAACAGUCACCACAUAGCAAUGUGCAAUUGAGUAUCAGGUUUUGCAGGUCUCUUCAUUUCCAUGUUUCUCUGAGCAUGCAAAAUUUUAAGCAUGAGUGGUUCUGCCUGCAAGUUAUCAGAAGUUGUAACAUCCUUGGUGACCUUAUGUUAGGACUGUGUUCUAAAGGUCUAUUAACUUGUCUCCCACCACCUCCUGCAAUUUUUUUUACUUUUCAGCUUCUCUUGAUUGAAUUUAGGUUGGAUAUAGCUGAAAUACUAACGGGUCUAGUAAAACAGAUAACCCAGUGUUUCUAGCCACUUAAAGAAAUGAAAAUUCUUUCAAUGUAUAGAGAAUGUAAUCAACACCAUCUCUGAAUGCUGUCAGAGCCUGACAUAAUUAUCACAAUUGUUUUUUCAGGAGCUUAGAUCUCAAAUUAUUUAAGUAGCAAGUUAUUUUAAAAGGUCAGAAGAUGAACCUUCGAGGUCAAGAGCAGGCAGAAUGAGGCCAGGUUCUAGACAAAUAAUAUGCAGGGUAUAUGUGAGAUUGAAGCAAAGUUUUUCUUUUCCCCACCAAACAAGAGCACAUUUUGUUGUGCUGGCAUCACUGUCACACACCCAUUGGAAAGAAACACCCCUAUUUUUAUUCCUGAAUAUUCACCAUAAACUCAAGUGGUAUUUGAUCACCAUGUCUGAAGCUGGGAUAUUCUGCAAUUCAGAUUAGGAAAGUUUGGGAUGAAGUUUCAGUGUAAGAUGUUUUUUUCUUUGGGCCCCAAAUAAAUACUUAUGUGAUAAGGAGGUUGGGAUCUUACUGUAUUGUGUAAAGGCAAAUUACAGUGAGUGAGGAUUUUGUCCUUUGCAACCACAAUAAGCACUACAGAAGAUGAUCUCAAAAUUGAAAUCUAUAUUAAUAAGAACCCUAACACUGAAGUUACUAAGAAAUGAACUAAUGUGUAGAGAAACCCCAGCUGUUGCACAAGCUUUAAUUUUCUUAAACAGUUCUUGAAGUUUAAUUUUAUAGACCACAUUCCUGCUGGUUAAAUUCCCUCACUCCGUGUUUGUGUAGCCUUCUACCUUUCAGUUUUCCAGCCUCCAGGUGGAUACAUUCUAAGGCCCCCAAUAAAGAGAUUUGAGUUAAAUAGUUGAGUUUACAAGUCCUUGAGGUAAAGGUAAGGAUUUGGGCCCAUGAUCUGUGGUCCUUAUUAAAAUAGCACUUCCAUAACCCCAGUGCUAUUAAAAUCCCUGCGAACUCAAUCCAUAAAUUCAAAAAUAAAUGUUAUUCACUAUUUUAUGCUUGGUCAGUAUGUGGAAGCCAAGAAGAGUCUUUGCAGUGAUAGGAAGGGCAAAAUUUUUCUAUAAGGGAUUUACAUUUGUAAUUUCUCUUUUUGGGAGCAGGAAGUUAACUUCUUGGACAAAAAAUAUUCAUUCAUUACCUGAUCUCCACAGUGAGGAUGGAAAGACUUCCAUUCACUCCCACAGGGUUUGGAUGAGACCCACACCAAAAAUUCCUGUGGGUGAGAAGAUGCAGGGGAGGCAGCAGUGGCAGUGCCCAUUUGCAGCUAGAAGGGCACACAUUGUAUGGAACUGGGGAUGGGGAAUGCCUGACUCACCACAGAGCCAAGCAGGACAGCCUGACUGUCACUGAGGGCUGAUUACUUCACAUUCUGUUUAUUAGCAGAAGGCUUUUCACCAGGGAGAGACAAACAAUGGAAUGCUCCUGUGCAGAACCAAAAUAAUUGACACCCUUUUCCAGUAUUCAGGACUUUGCCAGGGCUCCCCUAAUCUAUUUUGCCUCUAAAGAAAACUGCCAUAAAACUAUUAAAGAAUAAAAUAAGCAUACACUGAGGCCCUAUGUUUUUGCAGGAAGUGAUGAGAUAAAACAAGAUGCUCCUAAAUGAAACCCACCUCACUCUUCUUUGGCUCAUCAGGGACAAUGAGGGCAAAAUGUCCAGCAGAGAGGCACACACUGCUGGUGAGAUAAGGAUGUAACAAUCUCUUGAUGCUCCUGCUGCUGGACCUUUCCAGAAGCAGUCAUGUAGUUCAUAAAGGACUGGAUUCUCUACUUGAAGGAAGGCCUUGACUUCAUCAUAAUCUUCUGUGCUGAGAUGAAAUUUGACUCUGGGGGUGCAAAUACCAGCCAAAAUCUAUCCUGUCCUAGUUUUAACCUUGCUGUGGCAGUAGUUUUUAGGUGAUGGCCAAUGGGAUGUGCUUCCUUGAUCUAUUGCCUCCAGACUGAUGUUCUUCCACAAACUUUAUUAGUCAAAUUACUAACUGAUAGUUCUGGGUUUAAAUACUUCUGGCUAUAAAGCACUGACUUAUAUUCAAGUAAAAAUACAUGUUCUUUGUUCAAAACUGCUAUCCCUACCAAUUUUGGGUGUCCUUGAAAGAACAGUAGUGAACACCCAGAGAUAAAUAAAUAGUAGAAAGCAGUGCCUUUCAAGUACUGCCAUAAUACAAACCACAAUUCUUCUGCAGUUCUCUUAGGAACAUCACACACACAUUUCACAAGCAACUUCAGCAACUGCAAAUAAUCCUGGAAAAUGCACAGCACUGCACUGUUAGCCCCACUCCACAGAGUGGCUGCACCAGUGACUCUUCUGAGUAGAGCUGAGUAAAGGCUCACAGUCCAGAAUCAAAUUAAAAUUAGGAAUCCAGGCCUUUAAUUACUGGGAGCCCUUUCUCCAGGCUGAGCUCGAGUGCCCCUCCAAGAGCUCUUGCAGAGAGCUGGGCAGUGCCAGGGCUCAGAGCCUGCACCACACCAGCUCCAGUGGCCAGCAGACAUUCAUUCAAAGGUGCCUGUGCUCUCUUGGCAUCGCUUGAAGCGCUCCUCUCUAAAGGGUACCUGGGCUUUGCAACUUCUGGGUCUCUCUUACUCAUCCAUCUGGCACCAGAACUUUUGUCCUGCAUUUUUCAGGGGUUAUAUUUUCUCCUGGUCUGAACCCAGUCCCUCCUAUUUCUAGCCAUGACUUGGACUGGCUAGAAAAGAAUACAGGGCUUUAAUAUUAAUGACUCCACAGGAAGAAGAAAAAAAUGUAGACUAUAUCUCCCUGUUUAGUGGUCUCAAACUUACCUGUUUGUGCUGGUAGGAAGUGAGAUACGUAACCUGCAAGGUUUACAUUCAAAAUUUCUUGCAUCCACAGAAAGGCAGUCUGCAAAUGGACAGUUUGUCUAAAGACACUUGUGGCUCAAGCAUUUAUUUCCCAUGGUUGAAUUUUUUACUUUGUUUUAGAGACUAAUUAAAAAUUUUGGUUUUUUUUCAUAGUAAGACAAAGAAAUCUUUAAAAUAAUGCUUUUAAAUAUAGACAUUAAAGGGGAAGAGGGGAGAUGGAAUAUUUUAUCCUGAACAUUCAUGUGUUUUGGAAAAAGACAGUGCAUCUUUAAAUUCUCAAUUGUAUAAAGAAAUGCAUUAAGUUGCUGGUCAACUCUUUUAAGGUGUUUAAAUGCAUGGCUCGUGACUGUUAUGUAAAAUUUCAAUACAGCCUUACAAACAACAAAGGUAUAGUGUAUUUGAAAAUAGGGUACACAGUUUGGGAACUUACUCUGAAUUUCUCUAAGGUGUUGAACUUUCCCAUCAGCAAAAACUAUUUUCAGCAAACAGGCCCUGAAUUUUCAGACAAUGGAGAUUUCAUCAGGUUAGGUCUCUGAUUUUUCCACUACAAAAAACCCAUAAGUAACUAGAGUGCUUUAUUUGUAAGUAUAACUUAUCUUUUGAUCACAUUAAGUGGAAUACAUAAGGCUGAAUCAUGCCCAGAAGUGAGAAGGGAGCUGUUGGCCCCAUAUGUUCUUUGCAGAAAGGCAGAGCAGCAUUCCCCAAGGUGGACCCUGGCACACUGGAGCUGGCAGCAGGGACUGGCCAGCAGGGCACCCAUCCUAGAGCAGCCCCCAGAGCCCUCCUUUGGCUUAGACAUUUCUGCAGAGCCAGGAGGGGUCACCUUGAUCUGAUCAGGCUCUGGAGCUGCCCAUCCAUCAUUGCUGAUGCCGGAGAGAUCCCACCAGCUCAGGGUCACCUCUCCUCAGUGCUGGUGUCUGUCAGCUCUGACCCAGGAGUGAUCCCACCAGCUCAGGGUCACCUCUCCUCAGUGCUGGUGUCUGUCAGCUCUGACCCAGGAGUGAUCCCACCAGCUCAGGGUCACCUCUCCUCAGUGCUGGUGUCUGUCAGCUCUGACCCAGGAGCUGGUUCUCAGCCAGUUCUCAGUUUUGGGGUCAGUAAGAGCCAGGCUGCAAUGCCUUCCUCAGUCUUUUCACAGCACAGCAUCCUGGGCAAGAUUCACCCCUUACACCAGUCAGCCCAUAACAGGGGAAGGUGUUACUCAGCUUGGCUGUCACUAGGCUACAGAAAACCACCUAUGUAGCUUUUCAAAAAACUGGGAACAAACUUUUUAUGUUUAUUGUUAUUUUCAUUUUCUUUCCUGGAAAAGCAAUGUGAAACUGAUCUGACAUUGGAGAAGUUGGUGUGGCACUAAUCUACCUUAUUACUGUGAACUGUAGUAAUUAUUGAGCAGAUUUGAAGCUGAAUGCACAGAGUUUUUGUGGUUUACUUUAUGUAAAGGUCCGUUUGGGCACAGUCCUGUUGUCCUUGGGCCUCACUCCAGGUUCUUUUGCAGCAGUGUAAAUCAGUAGUUUCACUGAAGCUGGGUCAGGUACAGACCAUGCACAGACCAGCACACCCUGAGGCACAGUUCCAUAUCACCUGAGACCUGGACCAGUGGAGUCAUCAUGAAAACAACAUUUAUGUUGGUGUGAAAAAUGGUAUGUGCAAGGAAGACAAAAGGCAUUUGAUCCCAGAAUAUUCCCCUGGAGGUGACAGCGAUGGCUGGAGCAGGCUCAGAGAGUGAGCCCAGCACACUGUGUGACACCAGCUGUGCUGGGGAAGCCCUCACUGCAGAAUUCACUAUUGCUUCUUCUAACAGGGACCACAUUUCUCCCCCAUGUUAUGCAAAUGAAUCCCCUUCUGAAUGCAAUGGGAGUUCCAGUCAUUUUGCUGAUAAAAACAGACUUAAUAGGGUUAUUGGGGACCUGGGGGAGGGGAAGAGGGGUUGUUUGUGUUUUCCCCUCCGAGAAAAAGUAAUUUAAGUGAAAUGUGCGAGGCAGUGUUUAAUUGCUUCCUGCCUUGUUUGUACAUAGCAAUUUGGCUGUUUAUUGGUUGUCUUUGCUGAGAUUUUUAUUGUAACUUGUUUCUAGAUAUGCAACCAAGCGUAUGUUAACGUUUAAAUUUUGGUACAAAAUAAUGCACAAUUUUAUGUGCUCUAAAACUUUGUAAAUAUCUCGAUGAACAAUGUAUGCUGUGCUAACUGUGAGCUUGGGACUUGACACAAUAUUUUCACGUGUAUGUACCUGUGAAUGGCUUGAAAAAAUCAAAAUAUAUAUUGAGGAUGGCCACAAGCCAAGAGUAAAUGAGUGCCGUAUGACUCAUGCUUCUUUAAUAAUUCCUGAAAGAGGCAUGAAUAGUACAUAAAAUAGACAAUAAAAAUAAUUUUCAGGACUACAAAUAUUUUUUAUAACUUCAGAUAUUAAAUACUAUUUUAGAAAAAAAAAGAUCAGUUGGUAAAAGAAAUCUUAAGUUUAUUUGAGUGAAUCAUUGUCAUAAAAGUGUUCUUAACAUAGAUUUUUCUGUUUGAUCUAAUAUCAUAGAAACUCAGCUCUUUCAAGAUUUAGAAGACUUGAAUUGCUCUUGCAUUCUUACCACUCCUGUGAUCUUCUAAAAUUAUGCACUUCAAGUCUUCAUUAACAAAGAAAUUCUGGUGUGUACACUCACAUGAUCCUAAAUACCACAUGCACUUGUGCAUAAUCUUUACACAGUAUUUCUUGAAAAAAACUGUGUUUGACCAUCAUCAAAUACCCCCAUAUGUGAACUUUACAAACCCUGGAAAUCUGAACAUAGUUUGUGUUUCUCCCUGAAUUCCUUUAUUUUUAUUGGAAAGUGUCUUUUUCUAAGGCCAAGCUUUCAAAUCUGGUCUCCAAAUCUUUAUUUUAAUUCAGAAACCUGAAUGAAAUAGGCAUGGCUUCCAGGUUUGUGGGUGAAAAUACCCUCCCAUAAAAGACAACAGAAACUGAACUUUUUUCACAUAUUCUUGUACACAAAAAAGCAAAGCAAGACACUUCUAAUGCGGUGUGGAGCUGUGUUCAGUAUGUAAGCAAGGGAAACAAGAACAAUUCAGUUCUGAAUGUUGAAGUCAAACUGGAAGAGCUCUGCUCUGGGUCACAGUUUAUCUGCUUUCACAGAGGGACAGGUUGCUAAAUGUGUUUUACAGUCAGAUGAUGCCAUAACUGGAGUAGGUGUCAUGGCCAAGGUCACAGAGCUUGUGGCAGAGCUGGGACACAAUUUCCUGGUCAGCAUCCUCCCAGCAUCAGCCUCCUGUGCACAUGUGACAAUGUCCAUGGUGACCAUGGGCUGUAUUUCAGCUCUGACAUCCCAUCUCAAUGCAAGCUUCAAAAAUAACAGCAUGCCACUGGACUGAUAUUGGAUAUUUUCACCCAUGGAAAAUAUUUUAACCAAAACACAGCCAAAGUUGAGUUAAGUGGCAGAGCAAAAUAAUUCUCAAAAUGUAAGAUAAAACAUGUCUGUCGUUUCCACUACCUUGAUUUUUUAUUCCAAAACAUUAAGAUUGGUACCAUGUUUAUUAAGUUAGUAAAAGGAAAAAAAAAACGACAAAUGCAAGUAAUUAUUCAUGUACAGUGACCUAAGAAAUUAACUGGGGAUUAGAGUGCAGGACAAAGCAGGAUUUUUGUGUGCAUGUGCUUCAGUUCCUCUCUCUGGUGCAUUUUGCAUGUACCAUGCAUUUUUGGAGCCUGGUUGUUUGUAUGUUUUGCUUGCCCUGAGCUGAGAUUCCCCUUUUUCCCAGAAGAUCAGUGAGUGAGCAGUGCUGCUCCCCCAGACGUUUCCAACCCGUCUGCCAUGAAGGACGGUGCUGUUCUGUACCUGCCUCUGUGUUCUCUGCUCUUUUACUGAAAAGCUUUUAAACCAACUGGAAAGAAGUUACAAACUCUUCUGGGCAUGUUUGUGACUCGCUCUUCUGACAGCAAGAUACCCAUUUCACUGUUCACUCCAGUGUAUUGACCUAUAUAAACUCUCAUCUCUCUGAACAAACUAUUAACUUAUUUUUUCAUUCUGUCUUUAAAUAAAAGUUUUGGGUUUUA